GCAAGCGAUUCUUGCGACAGACGCCGGCAAAAGCACUCGCUCACAUUAUAUUUACAAAAGCUCCGAACGCGCGAUCGGGCGUUCGAAAUUCAAAUUUGAAACAGUGACUUUCAAGUGUUCUUUGUCUGAUUGACGAACUUUUUUCUGUUUUUUUUUUCUUUUUUAUUUUAACAAUGUUCUGGCAACUAUUAGUAAUAGCUGCUGUGUUCUGGGCGGUGUACUUCAGAUGGCAAAGGAGGAGGAUUCGAAAAGUGUACGAUGAGAUAUCGUCGGGAGCGCUUCAGGAGUUGCCAGUUAUUGGACAUGCGCAUUUGUUGGGCGGGAACCAUGAAGAUGUUAUGCAGCUUUUCCAAAAGGCAGGACGUAUCGCCACCGCACAAGGUGGUUUGUCCACGUUUUGGCUUGUCCACAAACUUUAUUUAGUUGUAACGGAUCCAGUAUCAGCCGAAGUGAUUAUGAAGUCCUGUGUCGAGAAAGAUAACUUCACGAUGAAAUUUAUUAGGACCGUUAUAGGAAACGGAAGCAUUUUUGCACCAGUAAAAAUCUGGCGGCCAAGAAGGAAAAUUCUAGCCCCAACCUUCAGCAUGAAGAAUCUGAACCAAUUCGUCGAAGUAUUUGACAAACAGAGCCAUAUCAUGGGGAAACAGUUGCAGGAAACUGUGUAUGAAAACGUCUCUGUAUGGAAAUAUAUCACGACGUACACCUUUGAUUCUAUUUGUGAAACUGUUAUGGGAGUACAACUAGGAUCUCAGUUCAACACCGACCAGCCGUUCCUCAAGUCGUUCGAGAAGAUCGCAGACAUGGUGUCGCAGAGAAUCGCCACGCCCUGGCUACACCCCGACUUUAUAUACAAGUCUAUUCCGAGUUACAAAGAGUUUGUGAAGCACAGGAAAGUGCUGUACGGAUUCAUUAACGAUCUCAUUCAGAAGAAGAGAAACGAAAUGGCUUUACAUGGAGUUGAUGAAAAUGCACCCCGCAGCUUCCUACAGAUGUUGAUCAUGGAGUCAGGAGGCGAGAAGGGCUACACGGACCUGGAGCUAUGCGAGGAGACCAUGGUGCUGAUCAUGGCUGGCACUGACACCUCGGCUGUCGGCACCGCGUUCACCACAGUCCUGCUAUCCAGAUUCCCGGAGAUACAAGCUAAAGUGUACCAAGAGCUUCAAGACGUGUUUGGCAAUUCAGACCGACCUCUGACAGUACAAGAUCUACCGAACCUAAAAUAUUUAGAAGCUGUAAUCAAAGAAUCUUUAAGAAUGUACCCACCAGUUCCCGUUAUCGUGAGAGAGGUCAACCAUGAUGUCGUCUUGCCGAACGGGACAACUCUUGUCGAAGGCGUGUCAGUGUUCCUCAACAUCUGGGGCAUCCACCGGAACAACCACUUCUGGGGAGAGGAUGUGGACGUCUUCAGACCUGAGCGGUUCCUCGAGGGUCCUCUGAAGCACCCGGUUCAGUUCACGCCGUUCAGUCAUGCACCUAGGAACUGUCUUGGUUAUAACUACGCCAUGAUGUCAAUGAAGACUGCAUUAGCUAACUUACUUAGAAAAUACAAAAUUCUGCCUUACAAAGGUCUAGCAGAAUCAGAGUACGAUAAAUCUUUAAGAGUUAAGUUCGACAUAAUGAUGAAACCCGUAGAAGAUUACGUUGUAAGAUUAGAGCCUAGGGAAUGUAGUUUAUAUAAAUAAAUGUAAUAAUUAAAAGUAGUUAAACUAGUAAUUUAUAUCUCAAUUACAAAUUAAGCGUGCCUAAUAAAUAGGUACCGACACUUAGACCUGAUUUAGACGGCGUGCGAACUCGUAUGCAAUUUUAGUUACAUUGCGGGAUGUUGUGGUUACAUACAAUUUUGCACAGCCAUCAAAUACCGCAAUGUAAUAAAACUCGUAUGCGAGUUCUCGUACCGUCUAAAUGGGCCCUUAGUCUAAGAUAAUAUUUGGCAAAGAUUUUGACAGGCUGGUGCUAUAGUUAUUUGUUAUACAAGGGGGCAAAGUUGUAUUUUAACGCCGAGUGUGGAAUUGAAAAACGAGCAAGUGAAAGGAUUCUGUAGUUGAACCACGAGCGAAGCGAGU